CCCAAGACCGAUUUCUUUUUCGUUUUAUUAAAGUCUCAAAAUGGCGACAUUUUAUUUAGAAGCCAAGAGCCCAUCAUUCCAACUAGAUCCAUCAGCUCUGUCGAUUUUGUUGACGACGAGCUUUGAUUUUCAUUUCAUAAUGAAGGUCUUCCAAUCGCUUUGGUUCCCGAUAUUGAUUAAACUAGACGAUAUUAAACCGAUUUGGCAACCAUCAUUUUAAUCCUUGACCCUGAGUUGGGGCUGGAAGUUCAUUUGUGUUGCGCUUUUGUAACAGAAUUUAAGGGACAAAGAUUCUGAAUGAGGUUUGACCGGUGUCAUGUUCUUUCCUGAGUUACCGUCUACUGAAAGAGUUAUAUGAAGCAGUAGGGUACCCGCGGAUUUAAACACAAACACACCCCGCAAAAAAGUAUAGUGGGUUUAAACCCGAACCUGGCCUGCAAUUCGUCAAAGCGGGUUUUAUCCGCGUUUAUCGGAUUGGCUCGGGUAGGGUACCCGCGGAUUCGGGUUCUACUGCCAUCCUUACAUAAUUUGGUAAGUUGCCAUGGUUUCAAUUUUGAUCGGACUAAAUUCAUGACAGCCGUGGUCUAAUAGUGAAACAUAUUUUAAGAUUAAGGAUUGGACUAACGUUGUAUUUGGUUCGCUUUGGUCCGGCUAAAUGUCAUUUCGGUCCAUUUUUCUUUGUAUUAAUAAAAUUCAUGGGAUCAAGUACCAGAGCGAAGAACUUGCUCACAAGAGCUCACAAUCCUACUUUGUUAAGCACCAUAGAUGUAUUGCUCAAGUUUACAUAGGUCAAUACCUAUAUGCUUAACAAAUAGGGUCAUUCGAAUUCAAAUGCAAGACCUCUCCGUUAUAGAACACUGUUACCAUGUUAGAAACCAGUUAGUAUCAAUAACUCGAGUUGUUAGAACAAAUUCAAUUAUGGAUUGCAUAUAUAUCACUUUACUAACCAUAAUUAACCAUGCGAAAUGUUCAGUUGUGGGAUAAAUAAGUUCACACUCAGAAGAUUAAACCAUCACUAUCUCUUCACUCCCAUGGUCUAGGGCAUUGGUGGUCACCGGACUUCUGUCGAUCACGAGUUGGAAACAGCCGAUUGUGAACCAGAAACCAACUUGUCACAUGCCUUACCCUCUUUUCAACGUCGCCUCUGUCUGUACUCUGUAGCUAGCUCGUUCUUCCCACUUUGAAAAACUCUUGUCUCUGUCUCUGUCAGACAUUUUCCCAGUACUAGAAUCCAACAGCAGCCUCUGUCGCUCACCCUCGCAUCCAAUAACACCAAUCAAUCCGAUUGGCUGAUUCCAUUUAGUCCCCGGUCCCAAGAAAACCCGAUUCCCCACGACUCCUCACCCUAUUAAACUCUUUCAGGGAUAAGAAAUCGAAUCGAAGAGAAAAGGGCCACGGCCGGCCGGAGACUCAGAAAUAGACGGUGAUGAAGAUGCUGUCGUCGUUGGUGUCGGCGGAAGUGCCGCGGCAGCAGGGGGAGGAGGAGCUGGCCCCGCCCUUCUCUCACGACAAGCGCUACGGACUGCACGGGGAAAUCCUGAUGCUAGUGGUGGUCGGAAUCUUUGCCAUUUUCAUCCUCCUGCUCAUCGCCGUAAUCCCCUGCCUGAAGCGAAACGCCGCCGGUAAUCACUCUUCCGAAGAACUAUUUUCACAAUCAUCACCGCGGGGCCGGCAGCUGGUGGCGGACAAAAGGGAUGAAUGAUUGAGGGUCGGAUUAGCAAGGAACAGAGCUGGAGUGUGGCUAGUGUAGUGUCGGCAGAUGGUUAAUUAUGGUCGUUCUCUGCAUUUUGGUUGCCUUUUCUUUUGUGUGUGGAGAAUUUAGAAACUCAGGCACAACUUUGCAAUUUGCUAGAAUUUGUAUACUAUUUACUAUAUAUAAAGGUAAAUAUGGUUG